AUGUUUGGUUUCUAUGAAAAGCCAAAUUACCCUGAUGUAUAUAUGAAAAUACAUGAACCAAAUCCGAACGGUUCUUUUUUCAGUAGCUAUUUAAAUCAACAGUCUGUCAUUGCUGAUCCGAAGACUGGCGCACGCCAGAGUAGCAUGGUUUUGACCAAUAAUGAAUAUUCGGAAGUCAAAACAAUGAUGGACGUAUUCCAUAGAGGGCUAUCUUUAUCCCGUUCAAGAAAGUUUUUAGGUAGCAGAUAUACUACUAAUGAGCCAUAUUCAUGGAUUACUUAUCAAGAAGUUGAUGAGAAAAUUCAGGCUUUUGGAUCAGCGCUUGUUGGAAUUAUGAAUAAGUAUCCAGAGUCAGAAAGGUUUGUAGGUGUUUACGGUCGAAAUUCACCACAGUGGUUUAUUACACAAUAUGCCUGUUUUUGUUACUCGUACACUGUUGUCCCUCUGUAUGCUACUUUGGGUGAUCCAGCUAUGCAACAUAUUCUUAAACAAACUGGGCUCGUCAUAUUAAUGUGCCAUUCAGCAGAUUUAGCUAUCAAGAUCCUAGAGAACUUUAAUUCAUCAUUAAAAGUCAUUAUCAUUGCUGUCCAGGAUCAAAGUUUUGAAGAUCUAAAAGCCCAGUAUAGUUCUUCGGUGAACAUUUAUUCAUUUGAUGAAUUCUCGGAUCUUGGAAGAAGUGAUCUUAAACCAAAAAUUCCUCCAGCUGAGAAAGAUCUAUGCCUCAUCUGUUAUACUAGCGGCAGUACAGGCUUGGCCAAGGGUGUCAUGAUUAGUCAUGAAAAUUUGGUAGAUACAAUCUGCUCUACAAUGGAGUCUACGGAAGCAAAGUUGUAUUGUCGGAAUUCUGUUCACAUUUCAUAUCUACCUUUUGCUCAUGUAAUGGAGCAAGUUACUUCGGCUGCUGCUGUAUUUUGUGGGGCACAAAUCGGAUUUCUUACUGGAGCAAUUACUGGCUUGUUAGAUGAUGCUCAGGCUCUAAAACCUACAGUACUUCCGGCGGUUCCACGUGUCUUGUCGCGUAUAUAUGAAAGAUACCAGAAUGCACUUGGUAAUUCAUUUUUAAAAAGGUAUCUAUAUGAAUAUACUCUUAAAAGAAAUCUAAAGAUUUUAAACAGUGGGAAAAUUAAUCGUGAUGAUAUUCUUGACACACUUUUUUUCAAGAAGCUCCGUCAGGCUCUUGGUGGAAGGGUAUGUAUGAUAGUUACAGGGGGUGCACCAAUUUCACCAGAGCUGUUCAACUUCUUUCGAGCUGCUUUCAAGGGUCUUAUUGUCGCAGGUUACGGAUCAACUGAAGUUUCCGGUGUAACUAGCGUAACUGUCUUAGGGGAAUCUCAUGAAGGUACUGUCGGUGCGAUCACUUCUAGGAUCGAAGUCAAACUUGGUGAUGUCUUAGAUAUGGAUAUUGUAGCUCUCAGAGAUAACAGAGGCGAGAUAUGUAUUAAAGGGAAACGGUGUACCAAAGGUUAUUUCCAAGACCCUGAAAGUACAGCCCAAAUUAUUGAUGCUGAUGGUUGGUUACAUACUGGUGACAUUGGAGAAUGGACUACUGAAGGCGCUUUGAAAAUUGUUGAUCGUGUAAAAAGUAUGUUCAAGUUGGCACAGGGCGAAUAUGUAGCUCCAGAAAAAAUAGAAGUGAUUUAUCAGAACUGUCAACUUAUAGACCAAAUAUUUGUUGAUGGGAAACCGGAACAAAAUUUCCCUGUCGCUGUUGUCACUCCGAAUUUCGUAAACUUACGUUCAUGUAUUAAUUCUUACCUAAAAUCUGGUUGUAAUGUAGAUGAUGGGAAAAUAUUCGAUCUGAAACAAUCAGAUAUUUCUCGAUUAUCUGACACCGAUAUUUGCAAAAACAUAGAAAUUCGACGAUUUGUUUUGCGAAAAAUGAAUGAAGUCGCAACAGAAAAGGGAUUAAAGAUAUUUGAAAUGGUACAAUCUAUCUACCUAACUGAUAAUCCAUUUACUGUUGAAAAUGGAUUGUUAACUCCAACCAUGAAAAUAUCACGUCAAAAUGCCCGUCGACACUUUCAAUCUAUCGUUGAAUCACUAUACUCGGAAAGAGAUGUUCUGAAGGUCAAUGCAUAA